AUGGCUGCUCUAGAAAGCUGGGUGGAAAUUCCACCCUAUGCAACUCCAAUAGCUACAGAAGGAUCACAAGAAUCGCUCGAACAAAUCGGUGCACUACCAGCUCCUCCUUCUCCCCGACUCACGCGACAAUCUUCCGAGCAAACCUCUGGUCACACUAGAAGCAACUCGACCUCUUCGAUAGCGGGUAAUUUGACCAACGCCGUCAUAUCGGCUGCUCUCAACGUACCGGCUGCAUCGUCCACGCCAUCCAACCCACGUCAGACGGCCGGACGGCUUUUGUCAACGCGUGACCCGCUUUCUAUUCCUAUCACUACUGCGAAUUUUAGGAGAUUUGUUUCAAAGAGCGGAGCGGUCUUUUGGCUGCAAGACCGAGUUGAGGAG